CGGCGAGUGCGGGAGCCGGGGGAGAAAGCGGAGGCUGGAACCAUGCGUGAGAUCGUGCACAUCCAGGCCGGGCAGUGCGGCAACCAGAUCGGCGCCAAGUUCUGGGAGGUGAUCAGUGAUGAGCAUGGCAUUGACCCCACUGGCAGCUCCCAUGGGGACAGUGACCUGCAGCUGGAGAGGAUCAAUGUCUACUAUAAUGAAGCUGCUGGUAACAAGUACGUCCCCCGUGCCAUCCUGGUGGAUCUGGAGCCUGGCACAAUGGACUCUGUGCGCUCUGGCCCCUUUGGACAAAUCUUUCGGCCUGACAAUUUUGUCUUUGGUCAGAGUGGGGCUGGCAACAACUGGGCCAAGGGGCACUACACGGAAGGUGCCGAGCUGGUGGACUCUGUCCUGGAUGUGGUGAGGAAGGAAUCGGAGAGCUGUGACUGCCUCCAGGGCUUCCAGUUGACCCACUCUCUGGGCGGUGGCACGGGCUCCGGGAUGGGCACCCUGCUGAUCAGCAAGAUUCGGGAGGAGUACCCUGACCGCAUCAUGAACACCUUCAGCGUCAUGCCCUCCCCCAAGGUGUCGGACACAGUGGUGGAGCCCUACAAUGCCACCCUCUCCGUGCACCAGCUGGUGGAGAACACGGACGAGACCUACUGCAUCGACAACGAGGCCCUGUAUGACAUUUGCUUCCGCACCCUGAAGCUGACCACUCCCACCUAUGGGGACCUCAACCACCUGGUGUCGGCCACCAUGAGUGGCGUGACCACCUGCCUCCGCUUCCCCGGCCAGCUGAACGCCGACCUGCGCAAGCUGGCGGUCAACAUGGUGCCUUUCCCGCGGCUGCACUUCUUCAUGCCGGGCUUUGCCCCGCUGACCAGCCGCGGCAGCCAGCAGUACCGCGCCCUGACGGUGCCCGAGCUGACGCAGCAGAUGUUCGACUCCAAGAACAUGAUGGCCGCCUGCGACCCCCGCCACGGCCGCUACCUGACGGUGGCUGCCAUCUUCCGGGGCCGCAUGUCCAUGAAGGAGGUGGACGAGCAGAUGCUCAACGUGCAGAACAAGAACAGCAGCUACUUCGUGGAGUGGAUCCCCAACAACGUCAAGACGGCCGUCUGCGACAUCCCGCCACGCGGCCUCAAGAUGUCCGCCACCUUUAUCGGCAACAGCACGGCCAUCCAGGAGCUCUUCAAGAGGAUCUCGGAGCAGUUCACCGCCAUGUUCCGGCGCAAGGCUUUCUUGCACUGGUACACGGGUGAGGGCAUGGAUGAAAUGGAGUUCACAGAGGCCGAGAGCAACAUGAACGACCUGGUCUCUGAAUACCAGCAAUACCAGGAUGCCACUGCUGAUGAGCAGGGCGAGUUUGAAGAGGAAGGAGAGGAGGAUGAGGCUUAGGCCCCCUGAUAUCAAAGCAACUUCUGUAAAGCAGGCAUGUGUACUGAAUAACUUAAUGGUGGUGAAGCAUGUUCUCUAGAAGAUGUGUCCCCAGUGAUCUUAGAGCUUGUGACUUUGACAGGUUUCUUGGUGUAACAGCCCUUAAUCCCUGUUAUUACCAUGGUUUUGUCCUUUAAUGGUAAGAGAGCAUAAAGGCAUGUAUUCUAGAUCAUGUUUUCUUUCUUAGCACUUUAUUGAACAAAGAACAUCUAUCUGGCCCACAUGUAAGAACCUUGAAGACACAUAGAUCUUGUAGCGCGAUGUGGUGUACUUUGAUCCACUGAGGUUUAUGUAUUUUCAGUGUAUUUUUCUCAUAUAAAUCAGUGUUAUUUUAUCUUAUGGGAUUCAAGCCUACGUGUAGCUUGAAUGAAAAUGGAUAGCCAAAUAAAGUUCCUGAGGACUAAACACCUC